CCGGUCGGUUAGUGUCUCUCUGUCUGUCCUGGACCGGUCUCCCUGUGUCUCUACGUUUAAGGAGUUUGGCUGACUUAAUUUUAUUUGAUUUAGUUCAUUUCGUUUUUGGUCUUUUUUAAUUGAGGAGCAGUUUGUGAUACGGAUUGGAUCUGGUCUUUUUUUUGUUGUUGUUGGAUUAUUUAGUAUCUUGUGCAACUUGGAGCCCAACUCGCAUCCCCUUCUGCUGCUAAAGGCCAAGCGCUAACCCAUAGCUGCUAACUGCUAGCCUAGCCAGCCAACUGCCAGCCUCCAGCCUCGGCCGUCCUCUUCCCCCUUACCGCCGCCCUCUGCCCGUCAGAGCCCGCCGCCAUGGUGCUGUGUGAGGACACAGAGUGCAGCGUGUGCCUCCAGGCCUUCACCCGUCUCGAGCGGAUCCCUAGGGUGCUGCACUGCCUGCACACCUUCUGCACCCCCUGCCUGGAGGCCCUGUCUCAGGGGGCCGGCGACCUGGUCACCGUGCCCUGCCCGGUGUGCCGCCGGGUCACCUGCGUGCGGCGCUGCGUGGGCCUGAAGGGGGCGCUGUGGGUGGACAGCAACGUGUGGGAAUACAUACCGGACAGGGAGGUGGAGGAGGAGGUGGUGCAGGAGCAGCGGCGGCCGGCGGGGGAGGUGAUCGGAGGGAAAGGAGGCCGCACGUCGACGCACGCCGAGUGUCGUGCCUCGUGGCCCCCCAGGACCAAACUCAAGCUCCCCGCGUUCUUCAAGAAGUUCAGCCUCCUGAAGACGCAGAUGGAGAGAGCCAUGCCCGGGGACCCUGUGGAGAUGAGGUCCUGGCGGCGCCUAGCAACGGACGACCACGUCUAGUCCAAACAGAGCAUCUGGAUCAAGGAAUCCAUAUGAACUUGCCGAACUACGAACGCUGACAGGGAAGGAAGCCCCGACUGUACGUGGACGGCAUCUCUCUCCCAGCGGCCCUAGUCGCUCUCUUCCAGUACUCCCAGUCACCCCCCCCCCCCCAGCCCCUCAGAUCUGAGGUCAUUAGCAUAGCAGAGCUGCAUUAGCAUAGCGGGCCGGGUAUUAAUAUCUGCGUGCUAACAGAGGCUGGGAUGAGGAUCAGCGGUGGUGGAGGAGG